GGCCAGGGAAAGCUCAUGGAUGAUCUACGGCCGAACCUCGUCGGCGGGCUACUGGGCCUGCAACAGGGCCUGCUGGAGGACCACGCUCUGGCCCACGGGAACCUCCAGCACGGCGGCCAGGAGAGUAAGUUCAUGGCGCUCCAGGACAACAGACUCAUGGGGAUAUCGCAUGAGAAUCGCCUGCUGGGCCUCACCCAGGACACCCGGUCGGGAUCGGCAGCCUCGGCCGGAGACAACAAGGCACCUGUCCAGCGGAAGUGCAGCAGCACCCCGGAGGACUUCAACGCUCUGUACGGCGGCCUGCCGACAUCUGGCCUCGCAGAAGCUCCAUCGCAUCAUCACACCCCGACCCACACGCCACCCACGCGAUUGUCCGACCACACCGUCACAGCUGAAGGUGCAUUCAAGAAAUUAAAACCUGAACCAAAUUCUGGACUCUCAUCGGUUUCCGGCAGUGUGUCGUCACCAGGAAGUGGAGUGUCAUCGUUGCCUCAGCACGCCGGACACACGCCGACCACGGCGUCGUGUCCAACGCCGGCAAGAAGGCGACAUCGGACGACCUUUACCCAGGAACAACUGGCGGAACUGGAGGCUGCCUUUGCCAAGUCUCACUAUCCAGACAUUUACUGCAGAGAGGAAUUGGCGAGAACAACAAAACUUAACGAAGCUAGAAUACAGGUGUGGUUCCAGAACAGGCGGGCAAAGUAUCGGAAGCAGGAGAAGCAGCUUCAAAAGGCACUCGCACCGUCAGUCAUACCGUCGUGCAAUGGAAUGAUGAGGAAUAUUCAGGGCUACAGUGUGUCCCGAGGUUAUCAGCCGUAUCCUCAUCCAAACUCAAUAAAUAGAUACCCGCAAGAUCUCUUCCAAAUGGGCGCCACUUCGUAUCCUGGAAUGACUCAACCAUUCUCCAUGACACAUAGCACAAAUAUGGGAUCGGUGAAUGUUCGACAGGAUACAAUGGGUGAGUACCCAGGAAUGUCUGCCGAAGAUGAAUGGUACAAUAAAAGUUUAUCAGCUCUAAGAAUGAACAGCUCUCAUCACCCUAAUCUCUCGGCACCGAUGCUGCAAUAUCAGACAUAAUCAAAAUCCACCAGCAACUGAGUAACUUCUUUGACGAGAAAAGUAUUCUUCCUUUCACGACUUUUCAUUUCACGCAGAAUCCAAUUUAAAUUAUGUGAAAAUCAUAUGCAAAUUAAGCUGUAAUGCAGAACGCACCACAAUUGUGGGGAUUUGUUUGUACUAUAUGAGCGACGGUCAUGGAAUAAGAGUGAGAUGAGAAUGCUAAAUACUUGUAUAUAUAAAUCAAUAAUUAAAUGAUAAAUCAUGAACAUACGAAUUUAAGAUGAAAAGAAUCUAUUCAAAGGAAUAACAGUAUUUUGCAUUUGUCCAUAUUUUACAAAAAAUUGAAAGAAAUGGAAAGUAGCCCUAAAUAUCUAUUGCGUGAGAUACAAAUUAUUAUGGCAAAGUGAACGACACUAAAUCGUGAAUAAAAAAAAUCCUCUUUUAAUCUGGAGAGAGAAAAAACUUUGUAAUUGAGUUCUUCUCUUUGGAAAUCUCCCAUUUAUUUCACUUACGAUCCAAGAAUGUACAACGAAAUUAAUUUUUUCCCCACUGAGCAGAGUUGGAACUGAGUAAUGAUAGAUUUCUGACCAUGAUUGACAGAUGACUGGGUAAAUUUUCUUCAGAUUACAGAUAAACGGUUUGUGUUUUAAUGACUUUCAGAGUGCAUCUCGAUUUUUGUUGUACUGUUAGCCAAUUAAUAAUAUUAUUUUAUAUCUUUCUCAUCUAUUCUUGUUCCAGCUCUGUGACACACUUUACUUUUGUGCUGUGAAGACUUCAUUUUUUUGAAAAGUAUUUUACAAAUGAUUUGCCAAAAAAUCUAUAUUUCAUAGUCAUCCGAAAGAAUUGUUUAGCAAAAUGAUACUUAUAUAGUGAAAUACAAUUUAACACAGACAAUUACUGAAAAAAGUAAAUCGAGUUUAUGAGAAGAAUGAAAUAAUUUCGCACUUCAGCAACUGCAAAAAACUUUUUUUGCCACUUUUUCUCAUGUGAAGACGAAGAACUGUAAGAAAAUACAGACUUUUAAAUGAUUAAAUUUCAAUAGUUUCGUGAAUUGAGUAAUUUUUUUUAUUUGUAAAUAUAAAUAGAAUCUUCAGGCAUAAAACGGGAGAGAAAGCAAAAAGAAAAUAUGUGAAGGAUAGAAGCAAAGAGAUGUACAUAAAUUAUGCAGUUAAAAAUAGUGAAUUUUUGUCUCUUGAAAGUAAAUCUUCGUUUGAGCAAUCAAUCUCCCAUUUUUUCGUAUUCCAACAGCAUUUUUCAAGCUUCCCAUGAUAAGAGAGAACAAAAGAAAAAAAAAAACAUAUUGAAGACAAUUUUAGAAGCAAUAACGCGAUUAUUGCAGAAAUUUGUUGAUAAAAGGUGAGAUAGAGGAAAACUCUUGAGACGCUUGAAAGUUUUUCGAAAGACACCGUAUUGAUAUUUAUAAGAAUUGGCUGAAAUUUUAAUUUUGGAAACUCCAAUGAGAAUAAAGUGAGUAAGAAACAGUGAAUAACACUUAUAG